CGGACGCAGUAGUCGAGAUUUAAGCAUGGAGGCCGCGGGUGCUGGGACAGGGGUGCCGGUCUCCCGGCAGGAGGCUCCCAAACCCUCAGACGACCGGCUUUUCCUGGUUAAAGGUGGAAUUUUCCUUGGUACUGUUGCUGCUGCGGGAAUGCUAGCUGGAUUUGUUACAACAUUAUCACUGGCUAAAAAGAAAAGCCCUGAAUGGUUCAAUAAGGGAAGUAUGGCCACGGCUGCCUUACCGGAGAGCGGGUCUGCCCUAGCCUUGCGAGCCCUGGGUUGGGGCUCGCUUUAUGCUUGGUGUGGAGUUGGUGUGAUCAGCUUUGCCGUCUGGAAAGCUUUAGGAGUUCACAGUAUGAAAGACUUUCGAAGUAAAAUGCAAUCAGUGUUUCCAACAAUUCCCAAGAACUCCAAAUCGGCUGUUGAGUGGGAGGAGGCAUUGAAAUCCAAAUGAGAUGAGCAUGGAUGACUUCUACAGUGAGCUUUCCAGAAAGGGCGGCUUUGUUCAGGCCACUGCAGCAGAGGGACUCGUAUCGACUGCUCCUUGGGGACGUCGGACCCUCGACUAUGCCUCAGCAUCCUUGUCGGGGGCCUGGAGACUGACAGUGUUCCUGUAUACUUCACUUUAAACCGGAUUUGGUCAGGGUGGGUGUGCGUGUAUGCGUGUGUGUGCGUGCACGCGCACACGUUGGGGUGGGAGGGUAAGUUUUAACCAAAGUGAGGAAGAUUUUUUAAAAAUCAUAAUGAUAGAGAUAACAUUCUCAUGUGAGGAGACCCAGUGUAAAACUUCUGUUUAUGGCUGUAACCGUUGAAACCAAGUUCCUACCUUGAAAAAAGAAAAUUUAUAAUCAAUAUAUGAUGGAAAAUCUUUAUAUAAACAGACUCCUAUACCUCCGCAUGUCUAAUUAAUUGUGUUUCAAGAGCUUUUCUUGUAAGUGUAUGACUGUCAGAAUUUGAUGGGCUUGUUCCCAUUAGCAGAGAAAAGACAGAGGGACAGGCAAAUCCUGGACACCUGGAAGUGGGCGAGGCUUCACUGUCCUGGCCGCAGUCUUCACUUUGCAGCUAACACUGCUGGUCACCUGCUGGCCUCACCCUGCAGCCUCUGAGUUCCUACACUUAGAACAUGAAGCUGGUGACAGACCCUGAUAACCUGAAAAGGCCCAGUUGGGCUAAAACAUGAUGAUGAGGAUGGCAUGGGUAUGAAAUGUACUUUUUAAAAUAGUUGGUUCUGGGCCCCUGAACGCUGCCUGACAAUUUGUAGCUUUGCCUCAGCUGUCAAAGUAAAAAUAGCCCAGUUACCACCUAUCUUAACACAUUUGUUUAACUGGAAAGUCACCUGAGUAUUGAGUCUAAAUAGUCAGUAUUUAGUACCGCCCCCUAAUGAAACUGCCGCUAUUAAAUUCUUACAUACGCACCCCAGCCUCACCUGUCCUCCGGGAUCGCUUACAAAGAGACAGAUGGAGAACGAUGUCUACGUGCGGUUAUUUUUAGUGGAGAGUAAAAAGUUUUGAAGAAGAGAACUAUUUUAAUAUGUCAGUAUGUCCAGAGAAAUAUCCUCUGGUUGAAUUAUCAUUUGUGUAAUUUCUUUGUAAUUGCUUAGGUUGUAAUUA